CGGCGAGCGCGGCCGGCGGGAGGGCGAGGCCGGGCCCCGCGAGAGCGAGAGCGCGGCGGGGAGCGCGGGACGCGGCCCGAGGCAGGCCGAGCCGGGCCGGGCGGCGGCGGCGCGCGCCAUGUCGUUCAGCGAGAUGAACCGCAGGACGCUGGCGUUCCGGGGCGGCGGGCUGCUCGCCGGCGGCGGCUCCGCGAACAAUAACGCCGGCGGGGAGGCCUCGGCUUGGCCCCAGCCGCCCCCGCCGCGCCCGCCCCGGCCGCCCGCGCCGCCGCAGCCCAACGGGCGGGGGGCGGACGAGGAAGCGGACCCGGAGGGCCCGGAGCCCCAGGACCCCGAGGCCGCGGCCGCCGAGGAGGCGCCGGAGCCGCCGCUGCCUCCGGACGCGGGCGGCGGCGGCGCGGGGGGCCCGCUGCUCGCCGAGAGGAACCGUCGGACCCUGGCCUUCCGCGGCGGCGGCGGCGGCGGGGGUCUCGGCAACAAUGGCAGCAGCCGCGGCCGGCCCGACCCCCCGGCGUGGCCCCCGAAGCAUCCGUACGGGCGCGGGCCGGCGGCGGCGGAGCUGGAGCUGGACGCGCUGGAGGGGAAGGACUCGGUGCCGGACGGCGCGUCCCUGAGCGACAGCACCGAGGACGACGAGGAGGGGGCGAGCCUGGGCGACGGCAGCGGGGCGGAAGGCGGCGGCCGGCGGUCGGGCGGCGACGGCGGGGACGAGGCGGAGGGCGGCGCGGGGCCCGGCGACGGCGAGGCGGUCCCGCACCUCCCGCUCGCGCGGCCCAAGUCCCUGCUGCAGAAGCUGCAGAACUCCUUCCAGGCGGCCUGGCUGCGGGACUUCCCCUGGCUGCGCUACUGCCCGGACACCGGCCUCAUGUCCUGCGGCUGGUGCCAGAAGACCCCCGCGGACGGCGGCGGGGACCUGCCCCCCGGGGGCCACGACGAGCUGUCGCGGGGGACCCGCAACUACAAGAAGACCCUGCUCCUGCGGCACCACGUCUCCACGGAGCACAAGCUCCACGAAGCCAACGCCCAGGAAUCAGAAAUACCUUCAGAAGAGGGAUACUGUGACUUUAAUAGUAGGCCAAAUGAAAACUCUUAUUGCUAUCAGCUUCUUCGACAAUUAAAUGAGCAGAGAAAGAAAGGUAUUCUUUGUGAUGUCAGCAUUGUGGUGAGCGGAAAAAUCUUUAAAGCUCAUAAGAACAUCCUGGUUGCAGGCAGCCGUUUCUUUAAGACUUUAUAUUGCUUUUCCAACAAAGAAAGCCCUAACCAAAACAAUACUACCCACUUAGAUAUUGCUGCAGUUCAAGGUUUCUCCGUCAUCUUGGACUUCCUGUACUCUGGUAACCUGGUGCUCACAAGCCAAAAUGCCAUUGAAGUGAUGACCGUGGCCAGCUAUCUGCAGAUGAGCGAAGUUGUCCAGACUUGCCGAAAUUUCAUUAAAGACGCCUUAAAUAUAAGCAUUAAAUCUGAAGCUCCGGAGUCUGUGGUUGUGGACUAUAACAACAGAAAACCAGUUAGUAGAGAUGGUCUGUCUUCAUCGCGGGAUCAAAAAAUUGCCAGUUUUUGGGCAACACGGAAUCUUACCAAUUUGGCAAGUAGUGUAAAAACUGAAAAUGAUGGUUGCAGUGUCGAUGAGGGCCAAAUGGAGAACUACCAAAUGAAUGACAGUGGUUGGGCUCAGGAUGGUUCACCUGAAUUGGCUGAAAGUGAAGCCCCAAGUCAAACAAAAGUGUUUAUUUGGAAUAAUAUGGGCUCCCAGGGAAUUCAAGAAACUGGCAACAAAACAAGGAGGAAAAACCAAACUGCAAAGAGAUUUAUUUAUAAUAUACCACCUAAUAAUGAAACAAGUUUAGAAGAUUGCUCCGUGAUGCAGCCACCUGUUGCCUAUCCAGAAGAAGAUAUGUCAUUCAUUAAGGAAGAACCGGAUCUGGAUGGUGCUCUGCUCCCGGGGCCGGACUGUGACAGGAAUGUGAACGCAAACGUGCUGGCCGAAGCCAGCUUGGGGCAGGAUGCAGGCGAUGCUGCAAAAGACAGAUCUUUAUUACCAUUAUUACAUCGAAAUCACUUUUCAAUUGUAUUAGGUACUUCACAUGAUUUCAAGUAUGGCCUGAUGCCUGGCCCAUCAAGUGAUUUCAAGUAUGGAUUGCUACCAGGUACUUCAAACGAUUUCAAGUAUGGAUUGCUACCAGGUGCUGCAAACGAUUUCAAGUAUGGAUUGUUGCCUGAAUCUUGGCCAAAACAAGAAACUUGGGAAAAUGGUGAAUCAUCUCUAAACAUGAACAAGUUAAAAUGCCCUCAUUGUACCUAUGUAGCCAAAUACAGACGAACACUAAAAAGGCAUUUGCUCAUUCAUACGGGAGUCAGAUCCUUUAGCUGUGAUAUUUGUGGAAAACUGUUUACUCGCAGAGAGCAUGUAAAAAGACAUUCCCUGGUGCAUAAAAAGGAUAAAAAAUACAAAUGUAUGGUGUGUAAGAAGAUCUUCAUAUUAGCUGCCAGUGUUGGAAUCAGACAUGGAUCUCGACGCUAUGGUAUUUGUGUAGAAUGUGCAGAUAAACCACGGCCAGGAAGGCAAGAAGGUGUAGAUCAGGGACAGGAGACAGAUUUCCCUCGGGAUGAAGAGUACGAGGAGAACGAAGGGGGAGAAGCCGAAGAAGAGCUGGCUGACGAGGGAGAAGAUCAGAACCACCCGUCACGCUGGGACGAGUUGGGAGACGUCUGUAUGUCUCAGGAUGACUAAUUGGCCUACUCUGCUCCUCAAGGAUGCUGCAUUGGGACGUAACAUGAAGCGACAAUUUGAAUUGUUGAACUUGAAGGCUUGCAAAUAUGGUACAUGCUGGAUGGUAGUUAAGUUGCUGUGAAAACUGUAGGGUCAAAGCCUUAUAGCAAAAUUUUUUUAUAUUUGCACAGGACUGGACAGCAACCAACCUUGCGGUUGGAUUACAUGGAGUCCCCACAUCUUCAGUCAGUUAUCAAAGUAAAAAUAUUUUUUAUUUAUAGGAUAUACAGUAACUCUUUGGGUCCUAAUGAAAAUGGAUUACCUGUCUGUAAAGAGCUGACGUUUACGUACCAGUUUAACCGGAAUGAAGAAAAUCCAGUUAUGAGAAUACAGUGACAGCUGGCCCAACUACACUGUCCACCAAACCACUCAGGCUAGUUUGUACUAGUAGAGUUUUGUUUCUAUUUUUAUUUUUAUUAAUUUUAUUUUUUUUAAUACAGAUUUUCAGUGAGGGGCCUUUUCAACCCCAUUGGUUGUACUUUUCUGUAUUUUCCAUUUUGAUUUGCUUCAUAAGUUAAACCAAGUCUCUUCUAGUCUUAGGUAUUAUUUCUCAAUUUUGUGCUGAUGGGCAUGUUUAUAAGAACUGGAGAGGUAAUUUAUUGGAAUGAACUAAUUGACUUCCUCCAUUCCCCCUUCCUUUUUGACAUGAAUUUUACUACUUCACAAAUGAAGAAUGAUGUUGCAAAGUUAUCGUGACGAAGUUGAUAAAUACCACUAAAUGAUUAUGAUUUAGAAGUCACUUCCUCUUGCUGCUCUAAUCUGAUAAAAUGGUUCUAUAUGAUGUUUUCUGACAUGGUAUUCGGUUUUGGGUAUCUGUUACUUUGGCACUAUUCUUGUUUGCCUUUUUUUAUUUUUGCCAGUGUACUAUACCUCAGUCCUAUUUGAAAAGACAGAAAUCUGAUUGAAAGAAGAGUCAUAGAAACAAUAAGUAAAAUGAUUUGUUUUAUGAUUUAUCCUCCAUGUCCAGUUUGGUUAGCUUGUUAUGCAAUAUAAGUGAACUAUCAGGUUUUUACUCUUGUGCCCUUUUACCAUUAAAAUUAACACAAAAAUUGCAUUCUCUUUUGUUUCAUAUUUACUGGGAUAUUCAGUGUUUUAAAAUUAUGAUAGAAAAUUAUUUUUUUCAAUUCCUUAGUCACUACACCUUGGUAUGCAGUCUUUAUAGUAGUCACCUUGAUUCAGUGAUCUGCAGAAGUCUUACAAAUAAAAUAUUGAGGCUUUACAAUUUAUGAUUAACUGAAUUUUUCAGGAUACAAGGGGUGAUAUAUUAUAAAGUAGAAAUUGUCAGGUUUAUGUAGCCUGAUGAUAGAUGAAUUAGCUAAUUGUAUGACAGCAAGAUGUCACAUAAUUAAUGUUAAUAUGCACAACAUUAUCAGGAACAUAUUGUAUAUUAUAUCAAGUGAGGGAUAUCAAACUUUCAGCUUUCUUUUAAAUAGAGAUUGAGCAUAUUUUCCUGCUGUGUGGUGCUCCAUUUAAUCAAGGGUGAAACAUUGAUACUUUUCUAAGAGAUGCUUUCUUUGAUUUCAGUAAAAUGAUGCUUAAAUGUUAGACAUCAAUGUUUCUGCCCGGAUAAAUUAAAGAUAUAAAGUACAGUUACAUGGUCAGAUGCAUCUUUCAUUAUCUAAACUUUAUUAUAGUUUCUACAUAACUGUAAAACUGACACGAAUAGUUUUGGUUUGAUUUUUAAGACUGAAGAGUACAUCUUAUUCUCAAUGUUCUAGGUAAAUGAGUAAAAUGUAGUUCUGGUGGGGUCCAAAGUAGACGUUAGUUGGGUAAAGAUACUAUGAAUGAAAAAGUAUUUUAAGCAUAAAAUGUUCUGCAUUGUGAAUAUGUAAGUAUAGUAUAAAGAUUUCUUUCAUCCCAUUUAUCCCCCUCCUUUAAAAUAAACCAUAGUUUACAAUCGGUAGAUCUGUCUAUAUAUAAAUAUAUAUUAAAGAGAAAAGAUAUAUAUCUGAAAGUUGCUAAAUCUGCUUUAUUAGACUGCAGGUCACUUAUUGCAUAGAAACUGGACUGGGCUUUACACUCUAAUGUACUUUUUACUUUUCCCAAGGUAUGAACUUAUUCUCUUUAAGUUGAAUUUUCUUUACUACUUAAAUCAUUUAUGUAUAUCUGGUAAAUUAUGACCAAAUUUCUGUUAGAUUGCAUACAGUAAAUUGAAAUACACAUGUGGUACACUACAGGAUUGUUGUGCUUUUGCUUGGUUUAGUUGGAAACAAGGUUUGAUGUAGAUGGCUUGUUACUGUUAAUUUAAGAUAUUCUAUGAUUGUCCAUUACCUUUUAUGUUGUGUUAUGACAGAUCGGACUAUAUUUACUUUACCAUAUUGUUUUUAGAAAGGCAAUCCAAAGGAAAAAUGUUUAUACUCUUGAAUAUAUUAGCCUCAGCCUAUAUAAAAGUUUCUUCUUUAAAGUAAGCGUUUCACAAGAAACAGAACUGACAAACUUUUCUACUUGCUGACUCCCUAAUUUAUUUUGUUCCAUGAUCUUGAGGGACUGCCUUUACCCUUCUAGAUCAUUUUUAAAAACUAGUUUUAGUACUAAGGUAUACUACUGGAUGUUUCUAUUUUUUUAAGUAUGUUCUUUUUCUGACUUACAGUACAAAUUCAGGAAGUUGAGAUGCUAAGAACUUAGGGUUGGUCUCCCAGGUAACACGAAAUACCCAUAGUUUGGUCUGUGGGGCCCUGGCAGAAUUGUGUGUAACACAUUUGCUGAAUUUUUCUCUCAUAACUGAAAAUUAAAAAUACUUCAGAGCUUUUCAUUUUAAUGAAGGGGAAGAGCAUGAACUGCCUCUUUGGUGUUCACUGUAGUACAGACCCUCUCAGAUAAAUCAAGGUCAUACACUGUUUCUUAGGCUUCUGACAGUCACCGCUACACGGUCCCUACACUGUCAUUCAGAGUUUGGCCCUCAUUUUUCAUAGUCACUAGAUGUUUUGCUAAAUUUUAGUACCACAGCAACUAAGAGCUGAAAAAAGAAGAGAUGUUACAGGAAGGGAAAUUGAACAGUCAUGAGUAGCUUUGAGAUUUGGGGGAAAACAGUCGCUGGUUUGGGUAGAGCCAUCCUGAUGAGAAUGAGGUGAUGCGUAGACUCUUGUCAGAUGCUUAGAACACUGGCAGUUGUUCAGCAGUAGACGGGAACCAAGAGGAAAAGAAGGAACGAGGAGGGGGAAGAGAGAAACUCUAUCACUACAACAGUGUCAAAGGCCUGAAAAGAACUGGAGCGGUGUAAUCAUGGAGAAAGUAUGAUGAGUUGGGUUUUUAAAAUCACAAAUUUUAAAACUUUGAUAAGCUUUACUUAUAUUUUUAGGACUUUGUCAACAUAGAAUGAAGAGUUUAUUUUUCUGAAUAAUGAUUCCAAAAGCUACCAUUUUUUAGUGCCUACACGUGCCGUUGCGCUUUAUUUGAUCUGUUCUCUCUAAGGUAGGUGCUAUUGUCUCCAUUUUAUAGACAGGAAAGGCUCCCAGCGGCCGCCUGCUCGUGUAGCAGCCGCAGGGCCAGGGUCAAGGCCAGGCCGAGCUGCUCCCACCGCCGCCUCCGAGCCGGCCCUUCUGGAGGCUCCACUGGGCCUCAUGCAACAGCUUUUGUAGAAGUUCACCCUUUUAAGGAGUCCCCUGUGGAGACACAUUUCCCUUAGAACAGCUGUUAGGAAUCUAGCGUCUACGCCUUUCUCUCCGCUGUCCCCAGGUGCACGUCCUCCCUACCUUCCUCCUGUGCAGCCAUCGCUGCACCAUCUGCCUACAAACCAGGCACCCAGCCUCAGUGCGGCAUUUCAUUUUUAAAUGAAGAAAGAAACAUGAACCCCAGGUCUAGUGCCGUUCAGUCACCCAGAUCCUUAAACUUAAACAUGGUCCAGGUGUCUCUGAGUCCCUUGUGGGUGAGAAGGGAAGCUUUGCUCCUGCUGUGGCCCUGCCUCCCGGCGGGGGCAGCUCUAGGCAGCCAGGCUGGUGGGGAGAAGCUACGGGAAGCCCUGCGUGGGACCCUGGGGACUUAGCUGUGGAUGGAGUACACUGGCUACUGGAAACACCGUUUUGGGUUGAGGAGGGGGUGGUUGAGGCCAUUAUGAAAUGGGAGAAUCAGCAUUUAACACUGUAAACAUAGAAAGAACACUUUCUCUGCCUGCUGUUUGUAAAAGCUCUUUGGGAAGAUCUUUUACGAAGACCAAUUUUUAAAUGUAACUUACCUACCUAGUAUAAGUGUCCUAAGACAUGUAUGUAAACUUCCGAGACUGUUUGUCCGUGUAUUUAGAAAAUACACAAGAAUCUUUAUCAAACCUAAAAAUAUAAACUUGUGAGCACUAAACUUCUUCUGGCUUGUGAA